UGUUGAGCUACACUCAGAAGCCAGUCCUUUUGCACUGCACGCCGGCAAGAGGAAGAAACUGCAGCUGUUACUGAAAAACACUGCCUUUUGAUGUGGGACACUUGUUGACCAGAUUUUUAUAUUUUUUUUCAUUCUGGGGGGUGUUUUAGCAGAGCGUGGUCAAGUCUCUGGACUCAAUCUUGAAGACCGAGUGAAGCUCACCUGAACACAUUAGUGGAUAUCUUUCCUGUUUGUUCCACCUCAACAAAAACUAGUUUCUCUUAACACUCGCCACCUGAGCAGCACCAGAGCGGGCUCCGAUUUCUGCGCUGUGAAACUGAAUCAGAGGAACAGACUGGCAAUACAGCAGGGGCAUUGUGUCCCUGCAAUUGAAAUACUAACCAGCUGAAAAUAUCAAAGACUCUCCAGCACAAAGUGCUCCUCUACAGACUCCCUUGUUUGUCUAAAACCCGUUGUUGAAGUAGAUCAAAAAGCUGCACAACACUCAGAGAGGAGAGGGAAUCUGAAGGGAACCAUAGACGAGGGCAAAGGAUUGCUUGCAGGUGCCGGGGCUGUCAUGGUGCGAGGAGGUGGCGUGGCAGUAGCUCCGUCCUGCUGGGGCCUGUGGAUGUUUACUGUCCUGUCGCUGGCGGCGCUGUGCUUGUCAGACCAGGCCAUUCGCUGCCCGUUGUGCUCCGAGGAGAGGCUGGCCAGCUGCCGUCUGCCGGAGGGCUGUGAGGAAACAGUACGGGAGCCUGGAUGCGGCUGCUGCCCCACCUGCGCCCUGCCUAAAGGAGCACACUGUGGCGUCUACUCUCCCCGAUGUGGCACAGGCCUUCGCUGUUACCCACCGCGUGGCGUGGAGAGACCGUUGCACUCUCUGAUGCAUGGCCAGGGGGUCUGCACCGAUGAGAGGGAUGUGGAGGACAAUUCAGCAACGGACAGACAGGAGGAGAUCAUCCUUGAACACCCGAACAACAGCAACAUCCGGUGCAGUCCACAGGACAAACGCUGCAUACAGAAGACCUUGGCCCGACACCCUCCAAAAUCUACAAAUCAGAGAAGCAACUCUGGCAGGGAGGAAACCAAGCUAGUGCUGGCCCCGUGCCGUGCUGAGCUCCAGAGAGCAUUGGACAGAUUGUCAUCAAACUCCCGCACUCAUGACGACCUAUUCACGAUCCCCAUACCCAACUGUGACAAGAAUGGAGAUUUCCACCCGAAACAGUGCCACCCUGCACGUGACGGCCAGCGGGGGAAGUGCUGGUGUGUGGACCAGAAGACAGGCUUGAGGCUGCAGGGACCGCUGGAGAUGCGAGGGGAACUGGAUUGCCACCAGUUAAUGACUGCUACGCUGCGUGACUGAGAAGGAGGGAUAAGCAGUCCGGGUUACAAGACCAGCUGAAUUCUACUGGUGCUUGUUUGUAGAACUUCAUGACUAAAGAACUUCCUCCUUCAGCCUCACUCUAUCUGAGGCCAGCGGUACUUGAGCUUGUACAACAAAAAGAAGACCAUUGAACUGAGUUCUUGCUGUUUUGUUUCUCUGUGUGUGAGCAUAUGCGAUUUGAGUCUUUUGAGCACUUGUUGUGUUUUGUUCCUAAUAUACGAACUUGAGACAGACCGUCUUUAAACAUGUGCGCUUUAAAGUACCAGGUGGCAGAAAAAAAAAAAAACACACACACGCUCCCACAGAUGGCUGUUCUAGUUGUGAUUUGUGCAAGAAUGUGGAGUCUGUGGUUUUAUUCUAGUCUAACUUCUUCAGCAUAGUGACUAGAAAAAUGCAUUCACUCCACUAAAUAAUUAGAGCUGCGGUAUUACAGGAGCUGUUAGUAUUUGAUUCUUUCUGGAGCACUAGAGCAGUUGGAAUGAUCGUAUCAGAACAAUCCAGGAAGAUUGUCAUUCAAAGAAUUAUAUUCUAGCCUUUCAACAUCUAAUGUCAUUUUUAUUGUAAAUUGUGUUUCUUAUCCAACUAUUCUCUAUUUUGCAAACUCGACCUGUUUGCUAAGAAGGUUAAAGCAAACCAUAUAAUGUGUUUGCUCAGUGACAAUACCAGAGAAGCAAUAAUACAUGGGAUGACAAAAGAACGUAUGAAAACAGAUAAAAGGAUUAGAAAGGAUUGCAACAACACCCUGUCCUGUGUUACCAAAUGAUAAGCCAUAGCUUUUCACAACAUGAGCACCAAAGAGAAAGUGAGGUUAGUUUAAAAAUCUGUAAAUGUAAGUGUCCAGACCAGAUUUGCUUCAUCACCCAGUGGUUAAGUCUACAUUCCCUCUCUCUGCUGGAGAGUCCUCUGUAGCAAAAAGCACUGGCAGAGUAGCUGGGCUGAAAACUCUGGACACUGCUGAUAGGGUAAUCUUGUUUCUCCAGCUGGUGCUAAGAUGCCAGUAUGACUCUUGUGCUUGUAUGAAGAUGCCCUGACAUACAAGGUUUCUCUCCAUACAAACUACUUGGCAGAACUUUUUGGUGCUACAUACAGAUUGUGCCAACAUACAAAACAAAAAUGGUCUCUGCACUUUUUGUUUAGGAUUCAAACUGAAGUGGGACGAGUAGCAUUGACAAGUGAGGAUCCCUCACAUUGGUGCAACUAUCUACACUUGGCUUUUCUAUUUGUGUCCUCUGUGUUGUCAAAAUCCCAUAUUAGCGUUUAACUAUCUGCAGCUGACUGGCUUGAUGUUUCAUUGGCUAGUGUUGUGAGCUGCAGGCAGAAUGUGUGUUGAAAUAGAAACAGAGUAGAAUCACUUCUAAUGAUUAAGCUCAUGGCAACAGAGCAACUUUUAGCUAACAUAAAGCUUUGAAUGAGCGACUGAUGUGGCAGUAAAUGUACCACAAGCACCAUGUUGAAAACUUAAAACUCCUUUGCCAGAUAUCUGCUGGGUAUCAUAAUCAUGACUAAAGUUGUAUAAUACUAAUGCAACGGGCGUACCUACUCAUCACAUACUUUUAUUUUAGAUGCUGCUCAUAGUCCAUAGUCCAUAGCUGCUCAUUUGAGGCCAUUGUUGGAGUGAGUUUAUCAUGCUGAUGACAGCUCACACUUACCUGCUUCACGGUAGACUUUGAUUAUUGUUGAAUCAAGAAAGGAUUUAUUCUGUUAGUCAUUUUGUCAGUUUGAGUCUGAACUUCAAGGGAAGAGGGACAAAAAUCACACAAAAAGCUUUGAAGGGGAAGUUUGAUUGCAAAUAAAUACAAUAAAUGACAUAAAUAUCAUGGCUUUUUUUUUUUUUUUUUUUACAAGAUUACACGAUUUCCUGUUUCAAUUAAAUUUCUGACAUGAUUUGGUCAAAAUAGUCCUGUCUUUACAACCCUGUUCAAAACAGGCUGUUAAUGGACUAGAGUUAGCCCCUCGACUCCACCCCUUGCUUCUUCUGAGUCGUGCUUUAGUUGAGAUCUCUCAUCCAGCAUCCAGCUACCACCCAAAAGUAGAUGUUGGACAAAAAAACAAUUUCAAUAAUUCAUGAAGCAUGAUGCAUGCAUUUAAGAGAGGAUACAGUAAGCUUUACUCUACCUGGAAUGAUACCCAAAGCGCUUUACAUUCAUCAUACAUCACAAGUAGCCAGAGAGCACACACUAGCAUACAAAGCAAGCCAAGCUCAGACCACCACACAGCAAACUGCAAAUAUUUGCACUUUUGUUUCUUUCCUCUACAGUUCAGCUACUGACAUGUUUAAGGUUCAGUCUUGUCAUAGGUUCUGUCUUAAAUUGUUAAAACAAAGCACUGCACAUAUAAAUUCUGCAGUGAUGUACUUGUAGUAGCCACCAAAAUCCUGGUGGGACUCCUCUGACAUAUCAGCUCUACAUACCCUGGGCCUCACUGUUAGUCCAGUCCACUGUGUUCGGUCCAGCUUUUUCAGUCAAACAUUAAAAUGUUGCUCAUGUGGGCAAUGUUUCACUGAAUUUUGGGUCUAUAUUCACCAAUAACGCAAAUCUGAAGUAUUCUUUUAAAAAGCCAUUAAAAAGAAAAGGAAACCAGUCAUAAUCUCACAGACUGGUUUAAUGCAAACAAACUAGGCUAUAAUGUGUCACCAGAGGGUGACUGCAAUACUAGUGUAAUUCAGUAGAAGCAGUUGUCCCGAAAUACAAACAAACCUUCUUAUGAAUAAAAACUGUGACAUUCAGAAAAGGAAAAUUGAGAUAACUCUUCAGAAAUUAUUUUAAUUCCAGGAGAUAUCUGGGAUAUUAUGUCAUAUCUUGAAAGAUGUCAGUCAUGUAGUUUUUUUUUGCCAGCUGAAUAGAAACAGCUAGUGAGUAACAUCCUUUUCAUCUUCGUACAACUGCAAGAUUUGCAAAAUUGUUUCAAAUCUCCUCUAUUUUUGUAUCAAGAUUUCUUUUACAACAGGCAAAGCUGUUGUUGGCACAAUAGGAAGUCAGGCUGCCAAGUUGGGAUAUAAAAGAUUAAACCAGGUAUUUGCUGUGGAUUAUGUUAACUACAUGAUUUAGGUGAACUUUAUAACUGCUGAGAAAAUUAGCAAUUAAUAGCAAAGUAAUAAGUAAGGCCAGAAGAGUUUCACUUCACCACCUCUAAAGUUUGCCAACUACAGCGGGAUUUUAAUGUUGAAGACGUGUGGAGUGACAGCGUCAGAUUAUGUUGAGCUGGUAUCUCUUCAUGUACUCAAAUAUACCCUAUCCAGCAGAGAAAAAGAGAUUUUUUUCGUGAUACGUUCCCUUUCACGCCAGCUUAGCAAAGCAUUUAUGUGCAUCGUAAAAUAUACAAAUAUUAAAGCAGAAUACUCACAGCUACUGACACAUGAUAACAUUUUACCCUGUUCUUGCUUUUAGUUUCCACUAUUUUUAUUUUACCUCAGUGCCAUUUAACAAUUAAAUUACUUUUUAAAUCCAAUACAUUAUGUGGAGGCACACACCUAAAAAAGAAAAAAAGCCAACAAAAUAGGCAUGGAAAUAUUUAAAAUGAAUAGGGCUGAUUUUUGCAUACUUUUUACCAGUAAAUUUGGUUUAACUUUCCUAAAAUACAGACAUAUGCACAUUUAUAAAUAGAGUAUGAGAAAGUGAGAUUAUCACAUUUUAGGACAAAAGUUCACUGAAAUAAAUAAUUAUUAGGUGAGAAAAUAAGUUGCUCUUUCUCAGUAACUAGCUGGUAUGGGCUGGCCCAUAUCUGACAGUUUAGACCCUUUUUCCACCCUAAAGUAUUCUUAGUACAAACUGAUGGUACAUUCAAAUCAAAAAUGUAAAUUCAUUAAAAGGAUCUUUUCUGCAUGUUGGACUUUUUUGCUGCCAUAUACUGUUUAAUAUCUGUCAGAUUCACAUGGACGUUGCAAGGAAUUGAACUACUGAGGUAAAUGUUUGAUUCAAAAUAAUUCAGAAAAAAAAGCUUUACUUUAUGUUUUACUUGAUGUUUUAAGGUUAGGAAAAAAACUAUCCAAAUGUGAUUCAACAAAACACGCAUGGACUGGUGGAGAAUAAAUACCAGAGAUGCUAAAAAUGGUUCCAAAGACAAAAACAAAAACAAACAAAAAUAGAUAAAUAAAGCCAUGAAUGCUUCCACAUAAAGAAUAUCCAAGUGAAAUCCUAACUUACAGUUCUUGCUAAACACAUUCAUGUCUGAUUUAAUCUUUGUAAGAGACAACAGAAAGUUUUUGGCUUUGAUUGUGUAAUGGCCUUUUAACUGCAUAAACAGUGUAUUUAAGCUAUAGUAAUUUGCUUUAUCUAACUUUGAUGUACUGAACUGUAAUUGCAUUUCUUGAGAAUAGAUUGUUCUUGUUUGCAUUUUAUACUAUCUGUUCAUGUGUAGACGAUACGAAGUAAUGUUUGCAUGCAUACAAAUGGACUGGGGCUGAUGACAGCUGAUAUUCUUUGUAUCUGGUCCACAACAAGAUUGUUAUGCUCAAACACUCAUGUGAAUAAAGAACUGAAAUAUAGUUUCAAUCAAUAAAAUAAUCAUAUAUAUAUAUUGUUAAUGUCUACCUGAUGGAAGUGUACUCAUUGUAAUGCAUCAAUAAAACCACUUUAGAAACUG